AUGGUAGCUCAGACCGAGCAAGACCCAUUUGCCUCCAUAGCCGAACUCUGCCGGCCGACUUCCUCACAGGACGCCAAAUUCCCCAACUGCCCCUUCGCUCGAGAGUCCGAUGACUUCCCCGGCAUGGACUCCGACGACCUUUCAUCCUCGCCGGAGCCGACGCCGCCGGAACCAUCCGGAAUCGUCAUGGUCUCCCCUCUCCACAGCGCCGGCUCGACUCCUCCGCAUACAGAACACAACACCGUUUCCCACACGCCGCCGGCGCACCACCUCCCCUCGUAUCAAAAGCCUGACGGGUCAUCCUCCGGCAGCGCCAGGUUAGUCUGUCGUCUUGAUAAAUCAAUAAAAGCUAGAUCUUCCCGUGGUGGAUUGGAAUUGGAUGAAGGGAUCGAGCCAGAUGAAAUUAGGGUUCCGGCGGAACCACUUUUUGGGGAAACUGUUCCGGCCGACGAGACAGUGGCGAUUAAUGAUGAAAUUGUGGCAAACGGAGUUAUUACUAACUAA